AUGCCGAGGCACAUUGCUUCUGUCCAUAUAAAGAACCUGGCUGAUGGAGUUCGGCACGAGGAUCUGCGCCACGCUUUUGGAAAAUUUGGCCGUGUAGUUGAUGUUACGGUGCCUGUAAACUAUCAUACAGGGCGACCAAAGGGCUUCGCAUUCGAUGCGAUUUACCACAUGAACCACUCUCGUUUCGCUGGGAGGGAGAUUACGGUGGAAUUUACUCGUGGGACACGGAAAACUCCAGCGGAAAUGCGCGCACGUGACAGCGGCAGUCGUGGCCGUUCUUGGCGAAGUCGGUCUCGCUCGCGCUCUCGGUCCUUCCGUCGACGUGACAGGUCCUCUCGUGAUCGGUCGGAUUCUUACAGUCGUCGUCGUGGCGGCAGUGGCAGAGGGGGUCGCCAGGAUGACUACAGACAGACAUCGCGGGGACGCUCUUACUCGAGGUCGGCGGAUGCGGAAAACGGUGGCAGGCAUGACGACCGAGAAAGCACAAAAAACGGACACUGGGCCGAAGAGAGGGGAAGACGUCGCAGAUCGAGGGCUAGUUCGCGUGAACUGAGUCGUGGCUCCUCUCGCGGCGGGACUAGAAAUCGCGAUGGUCCUAACGCUCGAGGUUCCCCACCUCGACGUGAUGAUUCUCGUUCACCAGCUAUGGAUCGCUCUCCGUCUCGUGGAGGUGGUUCUAGAUCACCCACCCCAUCACGCGGUGGGGAGGGAUUUUCUCAAUCGUCAAUGCGUUCACGUAGCAUUUCUCGAGGCCGCUCAGGUUCCCAAUAA